AUGACAACCCAUACCCACACCGCCGCCGUCUUGUAUGGCGCCCAUGACAUGCGCAUGGAGACGCGCACAACCGCGCCCCCAGCCCCAGACGAAGUCCAGAUCCGUAUCCGAGCAACAGGGCUCUGCGGCACCGAUAUGCACUACUAUCAUAGCGGCAAGAACGGCAUGUUUGUUGUCCAAGAACCGCUGAUCCUCGGCCACGAGGCCGCCGGUGAGGUGGUUGCCAUUGGGAGCAACGUACAGCAGCUUCAAUGCGGUGACCGAGUAGCCAUCGAGCCCCAGCAGCCUUGCAAAAAGUGCAGCAUCUGCAUGGCCGGUCGCUAUAAUAUAUGUCCACAGAUGAAGUUCACCGGGUCUGCGAGCGCCAACCCCCCAAUCCAAGGUUCACUCCAGGAGGUAUACAACCACCCGGCCCUGUUUGUGCACAAGAUUCCACCUUCCAUUUCCUUUGAAGAGGCUGCGCUCUUGGAGCCACUUUCUGUCGCCUUGCAUGCUGUCAGGCGGUCUCAGCUCCAAAUCGGCCAGUCGGUAUUGGUCCUUGGUGCUGGGGCCAUUGGGCUCCUCUGCGCAAGCCUGGCUAAAGCUGCUGGGGCCUCACGUAUUGGGAUUGUGGAUAUCGAGAGGUCCCGACUUGACUUUGCCAUGGGAAAGAAUGGAACUGACAAUGCGGUCGCCACUGCGGCGUAUCAAAUUGUGACCCCAACCGUGUCAGCCGAAUCAGAUCCAGAGCAGGUUGCGCAUGAGACGUCAACCGAGAUCCUCCGGUCUGAAGGCUUCGGUCCCGCCGAUGUGGUGUUUGAGUGCACAGGAGUGGCAUCUUGCGUUAACAUCGGCAUUGGAUGUGCAUCCCCUGGGGCCAAAGUUGUUUUGGUAGGUAUGGGGAGUCCAACACAGAAUAUCCAUGUGGGAGCAGCCGCCGUCCGGGAGGUUGAUUUGCUAUCGCUGUGGAGAUAUACAAACACGUUCACAGCUGCUAUUGAUCUUGUUAAAAGUGCCCAGGUUAACCUGAAGUCGUUGGUAACACACACAUAUGAUCUUGCAGAAGCAGCGACGGCAUUGGAUCUUACUUUAUCUAAGCCAGCGGAUCUUAUCAAGUGUGUUGUUACUGUGAAAGACCAGAAGUUAGACUAUGUAGGGUAG